CUCGUUUCUUUUGAAUCUACCACUCUUUCGAUCUUUUCUAUUUUUUUCCUUCUACGCUCUUUUCUUAUCUAUUUUCAUUAGAAAUUCAAUCACUCUCAUUCUCCCUAUUCUACGGUUGAUCCGAGAUCCAAAAUGCAGCCCCCUCUCCUCAUCUCGCUCUUCGCAGCAACCACGCUCGCAGUCCCGACACUAGUACAGCGAGUCCCGGCACCAGCUAACACGAAUGUCAAUCCAGCUGCAAUCACAGGCACAACUUGUACCGAUAAAUCAACGACGCUCGUCUCCCACGACAUCAACGUAGCCUUGCUUUCCAUCUGCGGCAGCAUUGCAGGCACGAUCGAGCAAUGUGCAGGGAACCCAACAAGCACGACUGGCGCUUCUGGAACGGCGAAGUUUAGUUUGAGUGCGGCAACCCAGGGACAGACGAUUGAUAUUACCAAGGGUCGAUGGGAGGGCUGUGUCAGGGCGGCGAGGGCCGUGUGUGGGGAUACGCCGUUCACGAGUACGUGCAUCGGGGGUGCGGAUGUUAAUGCUGGGAAUGUGGAUUUUACUUUAUCAGCGAAUUGAAAGAGGUUGUUCUGGGGCGAGGGAUGUAGAAGUGUGAGAUAUAGACAUGGCUCCUAAUCUCUCGCUUUCAAUCCACGACUUUGUCAGUCGGAUCGUUCUCGUCGAUCUCUCGCUCGAUCUUCCGAGGGUUUUAGCUUCUUUCCUCCCUCGUGAUGAAUUUCAUUUAAGAAGGGCUGUGCGGGGAAAGACCGGCAAUUCCAGACGGGAGUGAUGGUCUGGAUUUCUUUUCCAGACUAAAGUUAGUCAUGGCAUUGUUUUCUAGAUACAGCAGGAAUGUCAGUGGGUUUUGACAGUAGUGCAACUUAAAAAAAAAAGCAAAGUAUUC